UUUUUUGUUUUUUUUUUUAACCAAUCAUGUUACAAGGCGCACCCGUGCAAGCCUCGCGUUGGAAAAUGGCGGGCAAGCUGGAGCCUUUGAAAGUGGAGCCACUGGAAGUCGCGGAGGAGUCUGAGGAGGCUGAAGGGCAGACCAGGUCUUUGAAGAAGACUGAAGACUUGCUGGCAAUGGUGAAAAAGCUGCAGAAAGAGGGAAGUCUGGAGCCACAGAUCGAAGACCUGAUUAACCGGAUUAACGAGCUUCAGCAAGUGAAUGGAGAGAAAGUGCACCUGGAGGAGGUCUUGAGCAAAAAGCAAGAGGCACUGAGGAUCCUCCAGCUGCACUGCCAAAGCAAGGAAAGUGAAGCUCAGAGGAAGCACACGUUGCAGGAUUGCACGGAUCAAAUUUCUAUCCAUAGCUCUCAUAUGGCAGAAAGUCAGAAACAGAGGAAGCCGGGGUUGCAUGUGGAAGAACAGCUGGAAGAUCUGAUGGGUCAGCACAAGGACCUCUGGGAGUUCCACAUGCUGGAGCAGCGCCUGACCUGGGAGAUCCGUGCCUUGCAGAGCAGCAAGGAGCAGCUGCUCACUGAAGAGAGACUGGCGCGGGCCAAGCUGGAGCAGGUGGCACAGCUGCUGCGCUCGCCUCCUGGGGUCCAGGGCACCCCGGCAAUGCACGACGGGCUGGCCCCCAGCACCCCCGCGCCCGCCACGAGGACGACCUGGAGAGGCCGGGGAGCUGGCCCUGACGCCCCCUCUAGGCCAGAAGGACCUCCCCUCCUCCCGCGCGUCCCCACCUUCCUUCAAGGCCUGCCAAGAAAUAAAGGCGAUGAUCGCGGACCGUCCUCCACCUCCGGGGCUGAGUCUGUGCUCCAGGAGUGGUUGGGGGUGGGGGGCCGUCCCUAGCUCCUUGGGGAGGACAGGGGUUUGGGGGGAGAAGGAGGGGACUCGGGAGGUGGGAGGGGUCCCGGGCACCCUCAGUCUCCUGGCCAGCUCCCGCAGAAGCUCAAUAGAUGUUCCUGAGCCGCUCAGUGAAUGAGCAGGGUUUGAGGAGGUCACUAUGUCUCUACGGCCUCAUCUCAGGUUCCGGUACCGUCUGUUUUACCCGCAACAGCCGGGGAGAACAUGUUAAAAACUUACGCGAGGUCCUGACGGUCUCCUGGGGUUCAGAGUCAAAUCCCAGCCUCCCAGAGUCCCUGCAUUCCCCCAGACUCCUGCUGACGCCCUGGACCCCUGGGCCCUGCCCGCCUGCCUGGGCUCCCCUCGCACGUUCGGUUCUGGUCGCACAGCUGCGUUCCCAUCCUUUUCUAAGCACCGUGGCAUCCCAGGGCCUUUGCCCUACUGUGUUCUUAGGUGGGGUGCCCUUCUUCCCGUCUCCUCAGACCGCAAGUCUGUGAAGAGUGGCAGCUGCUCCAGGGGCUGGCCG